AUGGAAGAAGAGUAUGGAAAUCCUGGUUCGAGUUCUUCAACCUCUGCAGGACAUAAUCAAUGCGAUUAUGUUGACAAGAGUCUUUCAACUAAUUCGGCUUUUAUCAUUAACAAAAAUAUAACAAAAACUGAAGAAGGGCAUAAGGCCAAUAUUGAUCGUGCUAAGGAGUUAAUGAAAGACUUAAGAGAUCCAUCAAAUUUAAUUAGUUUUAAGUAUUUAGUUGAAGACCUUGAAAUAGAACCUUCUUCUGCACCAUUAUUAAAAUUAUUAGUUGAUGCACUUUUAUUACUUA